ACUUAAAUAACACAAAUUACACCCGAAAAUCCUCAUAUCAAAUGAAGAAACAGCGUAUCGAACGACAAAGAAGGUUUCAAAACCUCUUGUGUGUUCAAUGUAACAACUCCAGCGGUGAAUCGAAGUCACUUGUCUAUAUGACAUAACUAAUACUACUUAGAACAUUCUGCUCAUUGAUAACAGAUUGGAAAUCUGUACCGUUAGUCACGCGCAUUUAAUAAAACAUUGUUGUUUGAAACUUUGAAAAAAUUAUCGUUAUUUGAUAAUUGAUUAAAAAAUGGCAACAGUUGUAAUACAACAAGGCAAACUUCAAGGCAAGAAAUCGUGGAAUGACAAUGGAUUUGAGUACAAUGAGUUUUUGGGAAUACCUUACGCGAAACCACCGCUGGGACCACUAAGGUUUAAGAGUCCCCAACCACCCGAAAAAUGGGAAGGAGUAAGAGAUGCUACAGUAGUCAACAAAAAUAAUGUAGCACUGCAACUUGAUAUGUUCACCAAUCAGGUUAUCGGAAGCGAAGACUGUCUUUAUCUUAACGUAUAUACUCCCAAGAUGCCUGAUGAAGAAUCCAAAUUACUCCCCGUAAUGGUAUUCAUACACGGAGGAGGUUUUGUAGUUGGAAAUGGAAUAUUAGAAGAUGAACAUGGACCUGAUUUUCUUAUAGAACACAAUGUAGUUAUAGUUACUAUCAACUACAGACUUUCUGUUUUAGGAUUUUUGUGCUUAGAUAUAACUGAAGCAGCUGGUAAUAUGGGACUGAAAGAUCAGGUCAAAGCACUUGAGUGGGUGCAAAAUAAUAUAGUACAUUUUAAUGGAGAUAAAAACAAUGUUACUAUAUUUGGAAUAAGUGCUGGUGCUGCAUCUGUUGAAUAUCAUUUAGUGUCACCCAGAGCCGAAGGUUUAUUCCACAAAGCGAUUCUGCAUUCCGGUUCCUGUCUUAAUCAUUGGGCAGUUAAUUAUGAACCAAAGAAGCUAGCAAAUCUAUUGGCCAUAAAGUUAGGUUACAAAAGCUCAUCAGAAGACGUAAACUCUUUAAAAGAAUUUCUUAUAAAUAUCCCUGGAGCAGAUCUAAUGGUGUCUGCUUCUGAAGUAUGCGGAAAUUAUACAACAGAAAAAGGCAGAAUUUUCUUUGGUUUUGUACCAACUAUAGAAAAAGAUUUCUCAAAUGGGGAUUCAUUUCUUACAGACCAUCCGUAUCGCUUACUAAUGCAAGGUCUUUUUAACCACGUACCAAUUAUUAAAGGAUUCUGUAAUCGAGAGGGUUAUUUAACUUAUGUGCUUAAGCCUAAAGCAAUUUUAGACGUCCAAGAGAUUAAAAACUUCACUUCCUAUUGGUCAUUUGACUUAGAUUCAGAUGACAAAAUUGAAUAUAGCGAACAGAUGAAGAAAGCUUAUUCGAUGAACAUAAAACCUGGAGACGAUGAGGACAAAGUUGGAAUAGAUUUCUUCAGUGACUUUGAUUUUGUAUCUGGAAUUUGGACCAGUGGCAAGUUAAUAGCUAGAAAAGGGGUGCCUGUUCGAUUUUAUGAGUUUAAUUAUGAAGGAAAAAUUAACUUUUUUAAAUUAGUCUUUGGUAUAAAUAGAACUGGAACCGCCCACGGGGAUGACCACACUUAUGUUUUGUGCCAUAAAGUCGCAAAGGAGGCACAUGGUCAUGAUUUAGUCAUACGAAACACUAUGUGCCAAAUGUGGACUAAUUUCGCUAAAUCAAGUUGUCCUACACCGUCAGAGAGUAUGAGUGAGCUAAUCGAAUGGCCUGUUUACACAGAAGAUCAUCCUGUAUAUCUGACAAUUGAUAAAAACAUCAAAUUACUAAGAAACUAUGAACCGAAUACAAUGUCUAUAUACGAAGAAAUUUAUGAAAAAUACGAAAAAUAAAUUUAUUUCUAUACAUUCGAUUAAGGUGCAGAUUUAGAAAAAUAUAUGCUUAAUAAAUUUAUGUCAAAUGUUUUAGAACUCAAAAAUUGAUAUUACCUUUCCUCCCAACGCACAUCUAAUCUGUCGGACGAGCAAUACAACAUCUCUUUCAGCCAAUAAAAUUAAAU